CGGCUGGGGGAAGAUGCUAAAAUGGCGACCAGCUACUACUUUGGAUUCACCCACAGCGGGGCGGCGGCGGCGGUGGUGGCUGCGGCCCGGUAUAGCCAACAGCCAGCUUCAGGUGUAGCCUAUUCUCAUCCAACUACAGUUGCUAGCUACACUGUCCAUCAGGCUCCAGUAGCUGCUCACACAGUUACUGCUGCCUAUGCACCAGCAACCGCCACAGUUGCAGUUGCCAGGUCUGCUCCAGUAGCUGUUGCAGCUGCAGCAACAGCUGCUGCCUAUGGAGCCUACCCCACUGCACACACAGCAACUGACUAUGGUUAUACCCAGAGGCAACAAGAAGCACCACCACCACCUCCCCCAGCUACUACACAAAAUUACCAGGACUCCUACUCCUAUGUAAGAUCCGCAGCUCCUGCUGUAGCUUACGAUAGUAAGCAGUACUACCAACAACCAACAGCAACUGCCACUGCCGUAGCUGCUGCUGCCCAGCCUCAGCCUUCUGUUGCUGAAACCUACUAUCAGACAGCUCCCAAAGCAGGUUAUAGCCAAGGUGCAACUCAGUAUACUCAAGCCCAGCAAACUCGAGAAGUGACAGCCAUAAAACCAGCCACACCGAGUCCAGCUACCACUACUUUCUCCAUUUAUCCUGUGUCCUUUACCGUACAGCCAGUAGCAGCUGCAGCUACUGUGGUGCCGUCCUAUGCUCAGAGUGCUACUUACAGUACCACAGCAGUUACUUAUUCUGGUACAUCUUAUUCAGAUUAUGAAGCAGCAGUGUAUUCAGCUGCAUCUUCCUACUACCAACAGCAGCAGCAGCAACAGAAGCAGGUGGCGGCAGCAGCUGCUGCUGCUGCUGCAACAGCUGCCUGGACAGGGACCACCUUUACUAAAAAAGCACCAUUCCAAAAUAAACAACUGAAUCCAAAACAGCCUCCAAAACCACCCCAGAUUCACUAUUGUGAUGUUUGUAAGAUCAGCUGUGCUAGACCACAGACUUAUAAAGAACAUUUAGAAGGACAGAAACAUAAAAAAAAAGAAGCCGCAUUGAAAGCCUCACAAAAUACCAGCAGCAGCAACAACUCCACUCAUGGGACUCAAAAUCAGCUACGUUGUGAGCUCUGCGAUGUGUCUUGUACAGGAGCAGAUGCAUAUGCUGCCCACAUUUGUGGUGCUAAGCAUCAGAAAGUGGUUAAAUUACAUACAAAACUUGGUAAACCAAUUCCAUCAACAGAGCCAAACGUUGUUAGCCAAGUUACUUCUUCAACAGCUGUACCUGCUUCAAAACCAACUGCCUCUCCUUCAAGUAUUGCAGCAAACAAUUGUACUGUGAACACUUCAUCAACUGCAACUUCUUCAGUGAAAGGUCUUACUACUACAGGAAACACAUCUCUUAACAGCACAUCCAGCACUAAAGUAUCAGCAGUGCCUACAAAUAUGGCUGCCAAGAAAACAUCUACUCCCAAAAUAAACUUUGUUGGUGGUAAUAAGCUGCAGUCAAUGGGAAACAAAGCAGAAGACUUAAAAGGAACAGAAUGUGUUAAAAGUGCCCCUGUCACUUCUUCUGUGCAAAUUGCAGAAGUAAAGUCAGACACGGUGUCAGAACCUGUCACACCUGCAUCUCUUGCAGCUUUACAGAGUGACAUCCAGCUGGUGGGCCAUGAUUAUGUGGAGGAGGUACGAAAUGAUGAAGGAAAAGUAAUUAGGUUCCAUUGUAAAUUAUGUGAAUGCAGUUUUAACGACCCCAAUGCUAAGGAGAUGCAUUUAAAAGGACGAAGACACAGACUUCAAUAUAAAAAAAAAGUAAAUCCAGAUUUGCAAGUAGAAGUGAAGCCCAGUAUUCGAGCAAGAAAGAUUCAAGAAGAGAAAAUGAGAAAGCAAAUGCAAAAGGAGGAGUAUUGGCGAAGACGAGAAGAGGAGGAGCGCUGGAGGAUGGAAAUGAGGCGUUAUGAAGAGGACAUGUACUGGAGAAGAAUGGAGGAAGAACAACAUCAUUGGGAUGAUCGCCGCCGAAUGCCUGACGGAGGCUAUCCACAUGGUCCCCCAGGCCCAUUAGGCCUUCUGGGAGUGCGGCCAGGCAUGCUGCCUCAACCACAGGGGCCUGCGCCUUUAUGUCGUCUUGACUCAUCUGAUGACUGUUAUGUGAUGAUGAAGCAUGCAACCAUUUAUCCAACUGAGGAAGAGUUACAGGCAGUUCAAAAAAUUGUUUCUAUCACUGAACGCGCUUUAAAACUUGUUUCAGACAGUUUGUCUGAACAUGAAAAGAGCAAGAACAAGGAGGGAGAUGAUAAGAAAGAGGGAGGUAAAGACAGAGCUUUGAAAGGAGUUUUGCGAGUGGGAGUAUUGGCAAAAGGAUUACUUCUCCGAGGAGAUAGAAAUGUCAACCUUGUUUUGCUUUGCUCAGAAAAACCUUCAAAGACAUUAUUAAGCCGAAUUGCAGAAAACCUCCCCAAACAGCUUGCUGUUAUAAGUCCUGAGAAGUAUGAUAUAAAAUGUGCUGUAUCUGAAGCGGCAAUAAUUUUGAAUUCAUGUGUGGAACCCAAAAUGCAAGUCACUAUCACCCUGACAUCUCCAAUUAUUCGAGAAGAGAACAUGAGGGAAGGAGAUGUAACCUCGGGUAUGGUGAAAGACCCACCAGACGUCUUGGACAGGCAAAAAUGCCUUGACGCUCUGGCUGCUGUACACCACGCUAAGUGGUUCCAGGCUAGAGCUAAUGGUCUGCAGUCCUGUGUGAUAAUCAUACGUAUUCUCCGAGACCUCUGUCAGCGAGUUCCAACUUGGUCUGAUUUUCCAAGCUGGGCUAUGGAGUUGUUAGUAGAGAAAGCAAUCAGCAGUGCUUCUAGUCCUCAGAGCCCUGGAGAUGCACUGAGAAGAGUUUUUGAGUGUAUUUCUUCCGGGAUUAUUCUUAAAGGUAGCCCUGGACUUCUGGAUCCUUGUGAAAAGGAUCCCUUUGACACCUUGGCAACAAUGACUGACCAGCAGCGUGAAGACAUUACAUCCAGUGCACAGUUUGCUUUGAGACUCCUUGCAUUCUGCCAAAUACACAAAGUUUUAGGCAUGGAUCCAUUACCACAAAUGAGCCAAUGUUUUAACAUCCACAACAACAGAAAGCGAAGAAGGGAUAGUGAUGGAGUUGAUGGAUUUGAAGCUGAGGGGAAAAAAGAUAAAAAAGAUUAUGAUAACUUUUAAAAAGUUUCUGUAAUUCUUCAGUGUUAAAAACAGGUGCCCAUUUGUUGGCUGUUUUUCAUUCAUAAUAAUGUCUACUUCGAAAAAUUCAUCAAGAAAUUAAAGAAUUUCAUGGAAGAACCAAGUUUUUCUGUGACAUUAAAAACUUAAUGUACAGUGUUAGGUAUUAUAUGAAUGGAAAGACACCAAAAAAUAUUGUACUCCAACUAGGGGUAAACAGUGGUUCAUAUCGUUUUCCCAUUAUUUUGGUUUUAUUUACUGGUUGCCCUAGG